AUGGGUAAAUUCUUUGUCGGUUGGGAGCUAUGGCAGGACAUGACAUUUGUCCUCGCCUGUGCCAUCGUGCUUGUAUUUGUCGUCGGCGUCGUGAAGCUGUGGUGGUCCAACCGCAGAAUCCGAAAGUACGAAAUCAUCGAGGAGGAGAGGAGACGGCGGCUCCAGGAGAUGCGGCACUGCGGCAUCGACUCGACGAACCCCAACGAUAUCCCCUUUGGAGUCCGCGCCCUGGAGAGCGGCGUCGAGGUCGAGGGCAUCUGGAUAUCGCGGACUAACACGCCCGACGGCAGCCGACUCGGAGCCUCGUCAACCGUCACACUUACGGAAGAGCCGCAUGGUAGCAGGUGGAAGGGUAAGGAACGGGCCGUCGAGUCGAGGCUGCGUGACGACUCUACCACAUAUUCCGUCGAGGACGCCCAGAUGGCAAAGCGCGUGACGAUGACGCGCUUCCCUGCGGCCGUCGAAGCCGCGAGGAGCAGCGACUGGUCCGCGGCAGACGUGCGCGACUCGACAGAAACCGAGAUGCUGUCGACGUAUUCGACGAGGAGGCCAUCUACGUCACGAGAAACCCAGGGAGGGGGGGAGCCUAGCUCAUCACCAAGCUCCCACGAACGAAGCUUCCCCCUGCUUCCACCCGUGAACUUGCACCAGCAGCAUCUCACGGUGCCUACUGCGAUGUCGUACUCGCAUCGGCACUCGCUCGAGGUGGAGCCCCGCGAGGCCGUCUUGUACGGCACGGCCGAAGUAUACGCCAACAGAAAGACGAGGCGCAGCAACAUGGGCUUUGAGGUGCUGCCGGCAGGAGUCUUGGGCCCCAGGCAGGAGCUUCUAAGCUACGAUGCGGACGAGUCAAACGUUGACACGGAUGCCACGGUGCAACGCAGCGAGGGGCCGUCGAAGCUGCGGAAGAAGUCCCGCAGCUAG